ACACACACACACCAUUGAAUUUCCCCAAAGCCCUCCUGCCAAGCAGCAUCCAAUCUAAGUCGGCGAGAUAAGCAAAGAUGUCCAAAGGCGGAGCUCUCCAGAGAAAUAAGUUGACCGUGCGACACCAGAAGCGUUCGAGCACCAACGAAGCAAACAAGAUGACUCCGGCGCAGAUGGCGCGCUAUUUGGCUUUUGCUGACCCCAGUCAGCCCAAGGUGAAAGAGAUGCUGGCUGCCGUCCUCAUGAAGGACAGGAAGUUGGUGCCGGAAGAGGAAAAGGUGGCAGAACAGAAGAACCUCAUUGGGGUCCUGAAGGCCACCGAGGCUCGGAACCGCCUCCGGAACACGAGGCUCCAGUACCAGAAUCUGAGAGCACAAGAGAUCAACUUCCUGAUCUCCUUCCAGAGGAAUGCUAAAGGUGCUGUGAGGCUCGAGGUCUUCCUCCCACCCAGGAAGAACCUUAGAAAACUAGCAGACUGCAUGAACACAGUCCAGAGAAGCCGGAUUGAAGAGAUUCUGGAAGAUGAAACCGCGAGAUUCUAGGGCAACCGCCCUCCGGAAAUAGGUCCCCGUUUCCUUUGCCACAAUCAGGGCUCUUGGCGAUGAGCGCUUGGCCUUGUGCUGAACCAAGGGGAGUGUAGCUGCUCAGACGUCUGUAGAGCCUCUAAGCUUGAAUAGGUCGCUUUUUCGCAUAUGUA